UGAUCAAAAUUACGUUGACUUGGUCCUGCCUCUUCGUUCGUUUUUAAGCAAUAAAGCUGUCGCUACUUCAUACGUAGUAGUUGUCAUUAAAAACCACUUUUACCUUGAGGAACGCUGACACCAGCGACCUGGUAAUCCCUAAGCCUCAUCCCGAGCUCAUGCGAAGAAAGAAACGAGGGGGCAAAAAGGCCCAAUUACGCCGGAUUAUCCGAAGGAUGCACGAGAUUUUCGGUAGCUCAGUUCACCAACGUCCCCGCCUAGAGAUCGUUGCCGAGGAAGUCCUCGAUCCGGUGACGUUGGUCAUUCAAAAUCCGGUUAACCGGUUACCAAAUUCGGGUAUCGUGUCAAGUGAAGUUCGUGAGCCGUCAAGCUCGUGUAUUGUUGAGCCGUCAGGCUCUGGUGGUGUGAUCCAACAGUUGGAAUCGGUUGCCCUUAUAAAAGAACUAGGCCUUCAAAGUUCGUCCCAUUCAGAGGAGGAUUCAAGGGAGAACCCGACUUUCUAGGGUCCUAUUGUCCGAAAACCGUUCAAACCAACUCAAAUAUACCGCUUUUUACGUACGAGAAAUCAAAUUUCGCCGGUAUUUUUGUAUCGAAAUUUAUCAUACAUGAAAGAACGCAUGUCAAGGAGUCACAAAACUCGUUGUGGAUUUAGAGUUAAAUCGAUAUUAGAGAAGUUGAUGUUGAAAAAUAAUGGUCAAAAUCCAGAAGUCCAUGGUUACAUGACCCUUACUUUUCUAGGUUUUUAUGAUAAGAAAAUCGAAGUAUCUCAAGAUCCCGUUAAAGUAGAAACAUUAUUAUUAAAAAUAUGUCACAAAAAGCGAAAAGAUGUGACUUCGCCAAUAAUGCAGGUAUCGGUUGGAACUAGUGAAGUUCCAAUCAAUCCGUCGGAGGAUCAUCCUCCACCGAAAGCACCCACUAUUUCCAUACCCAAUGAAUCAUUUAGUUUGGACAACGGCCACGUUGCAAAAACUUAUAUGCUGCUUUUAAGAGUUUACUGUAUGUCUAAUAACAACAGCUGCCUUAUAAGUAACUGUGAUUUAGAUACAGAACCAGCUCAGAAACGACGUAAGUCUUCACCAGGAAACUACAAAUGUGGAGAACAAGUAAAACUUUAUGGUUCAGAAUUGAUCGUUUACGAUAAGCACAAUCGUUGCCUUCUAACGGACGGUGACUAUGAAUUGGGCUUACAAGAAGUUCAAACAAACGUUCGAUCAAGUCCUAAGAAACAUAGCUCUUGGGAACCAAUUGUUGAUAUUAAAGAGUCUGGUCCUUUUGAAGUGUUCAGUCGAAGUCCGACAUUAAAAUUUAGACUUAAUUGGACGGUCGAGCCAAGCAAUGGCCUCGUCGACAGACCCACACUUAUUCAUCCAAUACCUAAUGGCGAUAACAAAGAAAAUCGUUCAGAAAACAUAGAUUUAGAUCGAUGUGGUACAAAUAAUAAUAAUAAUAAUAUUAACAAUAAUAAUAAUGAUAACAGUAGUAAUAUGAGUAGUAAUAAUAAUGCCCUUCAAAAUUCAAAUUCGUUGACCCCGUCGAAAAUGUCUUCAUACGAAAAAAUAUCAAAGUCGGAUGGAGCUCAGCAGAUUGUCUAUCAAUUUUUAUAUAACAAUAAUAGUCGUCAACAAACCGAGGCAUGCGAAGAUCUACACUGUCCUUGGUGUUCGUUGGACUGCGGCAAGCUUUACUCUUUAUUAAAACAUCUUAAACUUUGCCAUUCGCGUUUCACUUUCACAUAUGUGCCAAUAUCGCAGGGUGCACGGAUCGAUGUCGCUAUAAAUGAGUGUUAUGAUGGCUCUUAUGCAGGAAGUCCUCAUGAACUUAUUUCCCAACCUUCUGGUGUUGCAUUUUCACGUACUGGACCUACAAGACGUACGAGUGUGACAAAUAUUUUAGUAUGUAGACCAAAGCGAACCAAACCCAGUCUUUCAGAAUUUUUGGAGCUCGAUGAAAAUGAAUUUGAGAGUCAGCGGCCUUAUAUAACAGGUCACAAUAGACUUUAUCAUCAUACAGUAACGUGCUUACCAAUUUACCCAAAAGAAAUGGACAUUGACUCAGAGGGAGAAAAUGAUCCUAAAUGGUUGCAGACCAAAACUAUGAUGAUGAUCGACGAUUUUACUGAUGUAAAUGAGGGCGAAAAAGAAUUGAUGAAAAUGUGGAACUUGCACGUUAUGAAACACGGAUACGUUGGCGAUUGUCAGAUACCUUUAGCCUGUCAAAUGUUUUUAGAAUUCAAAGGAAAAGAAUUACUGAUGAAAAAUUUGUAUCGCAAUUUCGUUUUGCACAUGAGCAGUCUUUUCGAUUUCGGGUUGAUAAGUCCCGUGAUUUUGUACCAGACUAUUCAGAAGCUUCAAGAAAUAAUGAAAGAAGGCGGGGAAGAAGGAGACGUAAGAAAAAUAUUACGAAAAUCCCACGAAGCUCAAGUCGAACGUUGGGUUUCCACAGGCAUGUACGCAUCCGUGGAGAAUCAAAAGUCCUCUGGCGCGAGCGUUAAAACUCAUUUUAAUAACGAAGUCUGCAAUUCAAAUGCCAGACGAAAAACUUGCAUGCAAAUUGGAUCCCCGCCGUCUUCGCAGACCGUGAAACCCGUUCACAAUACGGUCAGCAAACAUGCCAGCAUGACCAGCACACCAUCAACAAAAUCCAUCCUGACAAAUCCCAACCAAACGUCCAUCCCAUUCGCGUCUGUGCAGAACACGUUGAAGAAAAUUACAACGGAUGUUACUGUGUCUAGUAGCAAUAACGUAACCAAAGUAUCGGAGGUCAAUGGGAGCUCGAACAAUUCCAAUCAGAGUAAUGAUCCACCGGCCAGAAGGAAAAGCACCAACUCGAUUGUCUUGUCAACGAACAAUAUGGUGCCGUUAAGAAGGAAAUCGAUGGCUAGUGACACCGCGAACACUGAAUACUAUAGAAGAAAAUUACUUCUGGACGCCAUGCCACCCGGGAACGGUGUCAGCCAAAAAGCGGCUGUCAAUGGCGAUACUUUCUGAGAAUAAAAAAAAUAUGUGAGGUUUUUUUUUAUUGCGGAGAUUGUACUUUUCUUUUGUACAGUAUUUGUUACGGAUAAUCACUAUCAAAAUUAUAGUAAUUAUAUAACUAGUUGAUAGCAAGGUAUUUUUCAUUGUUUUAGUUAUAAAAUUAUUUUCAUAUUUAAUUACAGCGACACGAAAAAAUAUUAUUUUUUUUUUAUUACUGAUUUAUGUAAGCAUAUAUCGAUCGUCGUUCUCAGUAGGAAACACUUGGUUACAUUUUUGUAAAUUAUACUCCGUGCUGAGCGCAUAAGUAAUUACUAGAGUCGGGAUUUUUGCUUUGAUUUAAAAAUAAGUAAUUUUUAAUGUUGGAAAAUUUUGGAUAUUACGGCGGAAAUAUUGGUGGUAUGAAAAAAUUUUUUUAACAAAAGUUGUAGGAAAUUUAAUUUUGGAAAAAUAAUGUCUCUUAUAAUUUUUUCAUAAGACUAAUAAGAAAGCCGGUAUGUCAAAAUUAUGAUUUUCAUAAUUAUCAAAAAUUUGAAACGUUCAUUAUGAAUCUUAAUUUUGGGAGUGCGGUGAAAAUAUUGGACGUAUAAAAAAAUUUUUCAAACAAAAGUUGUAGGAAAUUUAAUUUUCGAAAAAAAAUGUCUCUUAUAAUUUUUUUAUAGGACUAAUACGAGAGCCGUAAUUCAAAAUUAUGAUUUUCAUAAUUAUCAGAAAUUUGAAUAAUUCAUUAUGAAUCUUAAUUUUGGAAUUGCGGUGAAAAUAUUAAUCGUAUACAAAAAUUUGUUGAACAAAAGUUUUAGGAAAUUUAAUUUUGGACAAAAAAUGUCUCUUAUAAUUUUUUCAUAGAACUAAUACGAAAGUCGUAAUGUCAAAAUUAUGAUUUUCAUAAUUAUCAAAAAUUUGAAUGAUUCAUUAUGAAUCUUAAUUUUGGAAUUGCGGUGAAAAUAUUGGUCGUAUGAAAAAAUUUUUCAAACAAAAGUUUUAAGAAAUUUAAUUUUCAAAAAAAAAUGUCUCUUAUAAUUUUUUCAUAGGACUAAUACGAAAGCCGUAAUUCAAAAUUAUGAAUUUCAUAAUUAUCAAAAAUUUGAACCGUACAUUAUGAAUCUUAAUUUUGGAAUUGCGGUGAAAAUAUUAAUCGUAUACAAAAAUUUGUUGAACAAAAGUUGUAGGAAAUUUAAUUUUCAAAAAAAAAAUGUCUUUAUAAUUUUUUUAUAGGAUUAAUAAGAAAGCCGUUAUGUCAAAAUUAAGAUUUUCAUAAUUAUCAAAAAUUUGAAACGUUCAUUAUGAAUCUUAAUUUUGGAAUUGCGGUGAAAAUAUUGGUCGUAUAAAAAAAUUUUUUAAACAAAAGUUGUAGGAAAUUUAAUUUUCGAAAAAAAAUGUCUCUUAUAAUUUUUUUAUAGGACUAAUAAGAAAACCGUAAUGUCAAAAUUAAGAUUUUGAUAAUUAUCGAAAAAAUUUGAAACGUUCAUUAUGAAUCUUAAUUUUGGAAUUGCAGAGAAAAUAUUGGGCGUAUAAAAAAAUUUUUUAAACAAAAGUUUUAGGAAAUUUAAUUUUGGAAAAAAAAUGUCUCUUAUAAUUUUUUCAUAGGACUAAUACGAAAGCCGUAAUGUCAAAAUUAUGAUUUUUAUAAUUAUCAGAAAUUUGAAUAAUUCAUUAUGAAUGUUAAUUUUAGAAUUGCGGUGAAAAUAUUGGUCGCAAACAAAAACUUUUUAAACAAAAGUUUUAAGAAAUUUAAUUUUCAAAAAAAAAAUGUCUCUUAUAAUUUUUUCUUGGAACCAAUAUUUUCACCGUAAUGUCAAAAUUAAAAUUUUGAAAAAUUAGUAAAAAUUUGAAUCAUUCAUUAUGAGUCUUAAUUUUGGAAUUACGGUGAAAAUAUUGGUCGUAUAUACAAAUCAUAGGAGACAUUUUUUUUCUAAAAUUAAAUUUCCUACAACUUUUGUUUCAAAACUUUUUUUCACAAGACCGAUAUU